CCAGGUGAAGAUCCACCUUGGGGUCUUGAGGAUCUCCUGGCCAGGUGAAGAACCCACCUUGACCCACCCCUGACCACUUUUCCUCACCCCCAUCCAUCUCCAGGUGUCCCCACCCCCCACCAUGGACACCUGGAACGACACCUGGAACAACAUCUGGAACAACACCUGGAACGACACCUGGGACGACACCUGGGGCGACCUCUACGAUGACCUGGACGCGUCCGAGAUCCCUCCAGGCCACCGCGCCGUGCUGGUCCUCUACGCCGCCAUCUUCCUGCUGGGCGUGCUGGGCAACGGCGCCGUGCUCUGGGUGACGGCGGCCGAGCUGCGCCGGACGGUCAACGGCGUCUGGUUCUCCAACUUGGCCUUGGCCGACCUGCUGAGCUGCCUGGCGCUGCCCUUCCUGGCCUUGCCGCUGACCACCGACCACCACUGGCCCUUGGGCGGCGCCGCCUGCAAGGUUCUGCCAUCGUUGACCAUCUUGGCCAUGUUCGCCAGCGUCCUUCUGCUGACGGCCAUCAGCGCCGACCGCUGCGCGCUGGUCACCCGCCCGGUCUGGUGCCACAACCGCCGCACGCCCGCCUUGGCCGCCGCGGCGUGCGCCGGCGCGUGGGUGGCGGCGGCGUUGUUGACCGUCCCGUCCUUCCUGUUCCGCGCCGUCCGCGUUGACCCCUUCUCGGCCAAGGCCACCUGCGUGUUGGCCUACGGCGCGGUGCGGCGGCACCGGCGCAGCGCGGAGCUGACCACGGCCAUCGUGCGUUUCCUCUGCGGUUUCCUCGGGCCGUUCGCCGUCAUCUCGGGGUGUUACGGCCGCCUCCUGUGCCGCGUGCGGGCGCGGGGCCUGGCUCGGUCACAGAGGGCCACCAGGACGGUGCUGGUGGUCAUCGUCAGCUUCUUCGUCUGUUGGCUGCCCUACCACGUGGUGGGGCUGGUGCUGGCGGCCGCCGCGCCCGACACGGCGGCGUUCCGCCGCGCCCAAUCUGCCGACCCCGCCGUGGCCGGGUUGGCCUACGUCAACGGUUGCGUCAACCCCAUCAUCUACCUGGUGAUGGGGCGGGGGCUGGGCCGGGCGCGGCGCUCGUGGCGGGCGUUGCUCAAGGGGGUGCUCAGCGACGACCCCGCCAGCGCGGCCGGGGACAGCCGGGCCCGCAGCGCCGCCACCACCGAGGACGGCCUCGAGGGCACGGCGGUCUGAGGGGCACCGGCGCGGCGGCCGUCGUCUUCGUCAUCGUUGGCGUUAUCGUUGUCAUCGUUGUGGUCAUUUGGUAAUCGUCGUUUUCACCGUCAUCGUCUUCAUUGUCAUGUCAUGGUCAUGGUCAUGUCAUGGUCAUGGUCAUGUCAUGGUCAUGGUCAUUUUUAUCAUCAUUGACUGGUCGUGGUCAUGGUCAUGGUCAUUUUCAUCAUGGUCGUUGUGGUCGUCAUCUUCAUCAUCGUCGGCGUUAUCGUUGUCAUCGUUGUGGUCAUUUGGUAAUUGUCGUUUUCACCGUCAUCAUCUUCAUUGUCAUGGUCAUGGUCAUGGUCAUGGUCAUGGUCAUGGUCAUUUUUAUCAUCAUCGUCUGGUCAUGGUCAUGGUCAUGGUCAUUUU